CCGGGCCCCGGCGGAGCAUGGCUUCCCGCGAGCGCCUCUACGAGCUCUGGAUGCUCUACUUCGCCAAGAAGGACCUGGGCUACCUGCAGCAGUGGCUGGAGGCCUUCGUGACGAGCUUCGAGAAGGUCAUCGGCGUGCACUCGCUGGAGCCCCGGAGGCCCGAGGACUCGGCGUCGGAGAUCCCGCUGCUGCCGGCCGACGUGCUGCGGGCGCUGAGCCAGCAGCUGGGCCAGUGCGCCGCCCGGGUGCGGGGCGCCGAGCCGCUCGCCGCCCCCCUGGCCCAGGCCCUCCUCCUCCUCAAGUUCUUCAUCAUCAUCUCCAGGAAUCUCGAAAACGUCCAGAGCGACAAGACGCCCGGCUUGGUCCCGGAGGUGCUCGGCCUGCUGCGCGCCUGCACGCACAAGCUGCAAAGCGCCCCGGAGCGUGGCGCCGGGCCGCCGCUGGAGGACGUCAUGGUCUACGGGCUGCACCUCUGCGAGUGCCUGCUGGACCCCUACCAGACGUGGAGGCGGCAGCUGAGCGGGGAAGUGGUCAGCGGCACGGAGAAGAGCAAGUACAAGUUCGCCCCGGCCGCGCUGCCCCCCGACUUCGAUGCCUUCUUCCAAGAGAGCUUCCAGGGCGGCGUGCAGCUCCCCGAAGCCCUGCAGCUCCGGCUCAUGCACCUCUUCGGGGCCAUCCUCUCCGGAGCCAAGCUCAACGCGCUGGCGGCGGCGACGCCGGCUUCGGUGGAGGUGCUGCUGCUGGUGCUGCGGCGCUGGGGCGCGGGGGCCCCGGCGGGCCGGCGGCUGCUGGAGCUGACGCUGCGCGGGGCGGUGGCGGCGGCGCAGGCGCUGCACGCUGCCGCCCGCGCCGGCCCCCUCCGCGCCUUGCUCCACGGCUACUUCACCGUGCUCAACGCCGACCAGCCGGCCGCCUGCCCGCGCCGCGCCGCCGCCCUCCUGGCCCGCCGCGUCCGCAUGCUGGACGCCAUCCCCGCCAUGCUGCGCUGCGACGACCGGCCCGUCCUGCAAGCCGUCUUCCUCAGCAACAACUGCUUCGAGCACAUCAUCCGCCUCGUCCAGAACAGCAAGCUCUACCUCGGCGGCGAGCGGCAGGCGGACGAAAGCCGGGGCGAGCUCGGGGCGCCGGCGCAGCCCCCGGAGGUCUCCGAGGGCGGCGCCGACGCCGUCGCGGUGCACGCCGUCCGCGUGCUCACCUCCAUCAUGAGCAACUCGCCGUCCGCGAAGGAGGUGUUCAAGGAGCGCAUCGGCUACUCGCACCUCUACGAGGUGCUGAAGAGCCAGGGCCAGCCCAGCCAGCGCCUGCUGCAGGAGCUGCUGGACAUGGCGGUGGAGGGCGACCACGGCUCCUUCCCGGCGCGGCCCAUCCGCAACGAGCAGCCGCUGCUGGUGCUGGUGACGUGGCUGCCGGAGCUGGCCUCGCCGGAGCUGCAGGUCUUCGUGGCGGGGCGGCUGCGGCGGCUCUGCGCCGCCUCGCUGCCCAGCCGCCUCACCUGCGUCAAGGCGGGCAUGGUGGGCCGCCUCCUGUCCGCCCUGGGCGCCGCGCCGGCGCCGGCCUGCGCCCAAAUCCUGCUGGAGCUGCUGCAGGCGCUGGGCAGCCUCUCGCUGCGGCCCGGCGAGCUGCGCCAGCUGCUCAAGCUGCUGCGGGCCGAGCCGGGCCGGGGCGCCCGCGCCUACACGGCGCCGGCGAUCCGGGCGCUGGCGGGCAUGGCGCGGGCCGAGGGGCCGGCGCGGGCGCUGCGGUCCUUCGACCUGACGCCCAGCAUGGCCGGCAUCAUGGUGCCCGCCAUCCAGAAGUGGCCCGGCGGCGCCUUCGCCUUCCACGCCUGGCUGUGCCUCAGCGAGGAGCCUGGUCCCGAGGCCGAGCGCCCGCCGAGGCCCAAGAGGAGGCAGCUCUACAGCUUCUUCACGGCCGGCGGCACGGGCUUCGAGGCGUUCUUCACCGCCGACGGCGUGCUGGUGGUGGCCGUCUGCACCAAGCGGGACUACAUGACGGUGGCGCUGCCGGAGUUCGCCUUCAACGACUCGGCUUGGCACUGCGUCGACGUCGUCCACGUGGCCGGGCGCCGGCCCUUCGGCCACAACGUGGUCAACAUCUCCGUGGACGGGCACCUGCGGAAGACGGCUCAGCUCCGCUUCCCGUCCUUGCACGAGUCCUUCACCUCCUGCUGCAUCGGCUCCGCGGGGCACCGGACCACGACCACGACCACGGCGGCGGCCUCCCACCCGCCGCCCUGCCACGCGCCCGAGCUGGCCUUCGCCCCGCACCCCACGCUCUGCCGCUCGCAGUCCUUCCCCGCCUCGCUGGGCGCCCGCGCCUGGACGCCCAUGCAGCCGCCCACCGAGGGGGUGGUGUCCACGGCGGCGGCCGGCAGCCAGGACACCGAGUGGGGCACCCCCACCUCCCUGGAGGGCCACCUGGGCUCCGUGGCCAUCUUCUUCGAAGCUCUGCAGCAGACCCAGGUCAAGGCGCUCUUCUCGGCGGGGCCGAACGUCACGUCGCUGCUGAAGCUGGAAGGUGAUUUCGGGGAGCUCAGCAGCAAGCUGUUGCUUUACUACACCCCGCAGGCCUGCAGGAACAACAUCUGCCUGGACCUCUCUCCCAACCACAGCUUCGAUGGGCGGCUCACGGGACACCGGGUGGUGAACUGGGAUGUCAAGGAUGUGGUCAACUGCGUUGGCGGCAUGGGCGUGCUGCUGCCCCUGCUCGAGCAAGUGGUGGCCGAGCCGGAGGAGUCCGGAGACGAGCCGGAGACCAACGACCUGGUGGGUCCCGAGCUGACGUCCUCCAGGAAUGCCCAGGGCAUGCUCAUCCCCCUGGGCAAGUCCUCAGAGAGCCGACUGGAGAGGAAUAGUGUGGCCGCCUUCCUGCUGCUGGUCAAGAACUUCAUUCAGAACCACCCAGUGAACCAGGAGAGCCUGGUGCAGUGCCAUGGGCCAGCCAUCAUCGGGGCCCUGCUGCAGAAGGUCUCCAGUCUGCGGCUGGAUAUGAGCCUGCUGAUGGCCUCGCAGAUCCUCAUGGAGCAGGUGGCCUCUGAGGGCAGCGGCCUCCUGCUCCACCUCCUCUACCAGCACCUCCUCUUCGACUUCCGCAUCUGGAGCAACAGUGACUUUGCCGUGCGCUUGGGUCACAUCCAAUACCUGGCCAACAUCAUCAAGGACCACAAGCAGCGAAUCCGCAAGAAAUACGGCGUGCAGUACAUCCUGGACUCCAUCCGGACGUACUACGGUGCCCCCAAGGAGAAGCCGACAGCAGCCGACAACGUCAAGACAGUGCAGACAUCCCUCUUCAGCCUGGUGAAGGACUUCUUCUGCAGGAGCUUCUCCGCGGAGGAGAUGCAGAGCUUGAUGAGCUACGUGGCUGCGGCACAGGACGAGCAGCAGGUGUGUGGGGCCCUGGAGGUGAUCCACAGCCUGCUGAAAGGCUCGCCUGCCCAGGAGCAGCUCUUCACCUUCCUCUUCGAGCCGGGCAAUGUGGAGGUCUUCUUCUCACUGCUGGUGCAGAAGAAGUUCUCGGAUGAAGUGCGAGAAAGGGUCUUCAAGAUCCUCUACAAGAUGCUCAAGUACGAAAAGGUCCCCGAGCGCAGCAAGAACCGCCUGAAGCUGAAGGACAUCGGCUACCAGGGGCUCAUCGCCUGCCUCGGUGACAUCCCCAGCUCCAUGCUGCUCUUCCGCUGCCUCUCAGAACAGGUCCUUGGUGCAGACCCCCCCAACUACAAGGACCUGAUGGCUGUGGUUUACCUGUCCCACCGCGCUGAGCUGACUGUCCGGCUCGAUAUUUGCCGUAAGCUCUUCCACUUGAUCUACUCCCAGCACGACAUGGUGAAGCAGCUGGCGAAGCUGGCGGGCUGGCAGGACACACUCACCAAGCUCUACGUCAAGGAGUCCUACGAGUCCCGUCAGCACAGCCUCAGCAAUUCAGGCAACGGCGGCUGCCUCGAGCUCCUCCGGCUCGCGGAUUCCCCUGGCAAGGAGGCCAGCAAGGAGGUGCCAGGAGACACCAGCCCGCCGCCCACCGACCUGCAGGAGCUGGAUGUCUUCCUGCCACUAGGCUAUGAGGCCUCGGACCACGAGCUCUCAGAGGGCUUCUCCGACCACUCUAUCUCACCAACUGGCCGCAUCAAGUCCUUCCAUUCCUACAACUUCAAGUCCUUUGACUCCUCGGACCGGGCCAGCCGCUCUUCCUCCAAUCCCGGGGACCACGGGGAAGGUCCCACCGGGGACAGCCUCCCGUUCGACAGCGUCUACCAGCCACUCUCACCAUUUUCCACCUCACCAUUUGACCUGGGGCUGGACCUUGCCAGCACUAGUUCCAUCGCCACAGCGGAGAGCGGGAACCAGACUCCAGCCAGCGGCCCCGGCACCCCAUCACCUCUGGAGACCUUCAAGCCCUUUCCAGGACUGCGAGCUCGCAAGAGCUCAAGUCUCUCAAAUGUUCUGGAUGAGAGCAGCUACCAGGACACGCUGCCCUGCGAUAACAUCUCCAACACCAGCAACCCCCAGCAAACACCAGAGGAGGAGCUGUGCAACCUUCUGACAAACAUCAUCUUCUCGGUGACAUGGCGCGGGGUGGAGGGCUGGGACGAUGCAGCCUGGAAGGAGCGCGGACAAGUCUUCUCGGUGCUCACCAAGCUGGGCACAGCCUGCGAGCUGGUGAGGCCCCCCGACGAGAUCAAACGCAGCCUCCUGGAAAUGAUGCUGGAGUCAGCAUUCACAGACCUGAAGGAGUCAGCGCCGGCCGCCCUACCUGGCCUCAUCCAGAACACCCUCAAGCUGCUGCGGCUGCUCCAGGACUUCUUGUUCUCUGAGGGACACAACAACCAGGCCCUGUGGAGCGAGAAGAUCUACGAGGGAGUGAGCAGCUUGCUGGACAAGCUAAGUGUGUGGUACCACCUGGCCAACGGCACCUCUGACCUCAAGGAGAUGGCCCAGACGGGCCUGCGCAUCCUCGUGGGCUACAUCACGCUGCAGGACCCCCAGCUGCACUCGCUGGCAUACGUGAAGCUGCACAGCCUGCUGCAGACAGCCUCAGCACCCCGCAGGGACACAGCCUGCUACCUCCUGGGCAAGCUGGAGACCCCACUGCAGCGCUCACUGGACGCCAAGUCAGAGACCUUCUCCUGGCUGGUGCCCAUCAUCCGCACACUCAUGGACCAGUGCUACGAGAGCCUGCAGCUGCAGCACUUCUUGCCCUCGCUGCCCCCCACCAACGGCAGCCCCACUUUCUAUGAGGAUUUCCAGCUCUUCUGCAGGACCGCCGAGUGGAGGGGCUUCAUCGAGAAGCAUGUGCAGCCCACCAUGGCCCAGUUCGAGAUGGACACGUUCGCCAAGAGCCACGACCACAUGUCCAACUUCUGGAAUGCCUGCUACGACACCAUGAUGAGCAGUGCGCUGCGGCGGGAGCGCGACAAGGCAGCGAGCCGGCAGAUGUUCCAGGAAGUGGUCCUGGAGCCAGCGGCCAAGCGAGCCAAGGCCGAGAAUACCCGUCAUGCCAACGUCCUCAAGCAGGCCACCAACCACCACAGCACCGUGCUCAAGCAGUGGCGCUGCCUGAGCCGCCUGCUCGCCUCGCCACGCUCGGCGUGGGCUGACCGGAACCCACCAGAGACCCGCUGGAAGCUCUCCAGUGCUGAGACUUACUCCCGCAUGCGGCUGAAGCUGGUGCCCAACCUCAAUUUCGACCAGCACCUGGAGGCCAGCGCUCUGCGGGACAACCUGGGAGCCGAUCACCUCCACAACCCCACCGAGUCCCUCCCGCUCGCCGUGGCCAAGGAGGCCAAGGUGAGUGAGUUGAAAGACGACCAGCUGGCUGAGGAGGACCUCCCCGUCUUGGACAGCCAGACUGAGCCCAAGGAGCAGAGCCAACGGGAGAAGCUGGUGAUCUCGGAGGACUGCGAGCUCAUCACAACAGUGGCUGUCAUCACUGGCCGCCUGGAGGUCACCACCCAGCACAUCUACUUCUACGAUGGCAGCAGCGAGAAAGAGGAGACAGAGGAAGGGAUCGGCUACGACUUCAAGCGGCCCUUGUCACACCUCCGUGAGGUCCACCUGCGCCGCUACAACCUGCGCCGCUCCGCACUCGAGUUCUUCUUCAUCGACCAGGCCAACUACUUCGUCAACUUCAAGAAAAAGGUGAGGAACAAGGUGUACUCCAGCAUCCUCAGCCUGCGCCCGCCCAACCAGAUCUACUGCAACAGCCGCUCGCCCCAGGAGCUGCUGAAGGCCUCAGGGCUCACCCAGAAAUGGGUUUUACGGGAGAUCUCCAACUUUGAGUACCUCAUGCAGCUGAACACCAUCGCAGGGCGCACCUACAACGACCUCUCGCAGUACCCCGUGUUCCCCUGGAUCCUGCGCGACUAUGUCUCAGAAACGUUAGACCUCAGCAACCCAGCCGUGUUUCGGGACCUGUCCAAGCCCAUCGGGGUGGCCAACGAGAGGCAUGCCAAGGACGUGAAGGAGAAGUACGAGAGCUUUGAGGACCCCACGGGCAUGAUUGACAAGUUUCACUACGGCACCCACUACUCCAAUGCCGCCGGCGUCAUGCACUACCUGAUCCGCACCGAGCCCUUCACCACGCUGCACAUCCAACUGCAGAGCGGCCGGUUUGACUGCUCGGACCGCCAGUUCCACUCGGUGCCGGCAGCAUGGCAAGCCCGCAUGGAGAACCCCGUGGACGUCAAAGAGCUCAUCCCUGAGUUCUUCUACUUCCCUGAAUUCCUGGAGAACCAAAAUGGCUUCGACCUGGGCUGCCUGCAGAUGUCCAACGACAAGGUGAACGACGUGGUGCUCCCGCGGUGGGCCCGCUCCCGCGAGGACUUCAUCUACCAGCACCGGAAAGCCUUGGAGUCAGAGUACGUCUCGGCCCACCUCCACGAGUGGAUCGACCUCAUCUUCGGCUACAAGCAGCGGGGCCCAGCUGCCGUGGAGGCCCUUAACGUCUUCUACUACUGCACCUACGAGGGGGCUGUGGACCUGGACGCCAUUGCCGAUGAGACGCAGAGGAAGGCUCUGGAGGGCAUCAUUAGCAACUUUGGGCAGACACCCUGUCAGCUGCUCAAGGAGCCCCAUCCAGCACGCCUCUCGGCCGAGAAUGCAGCCCGUCGCCUGGCCCGCCUUGACACCCACUCACCCAACGUCUUCGAGAACCUUGGCCAGCUCAAGUCCUUCUUUGUGGAGGGCAUCAGCGAUGGAGUGGCGCUGGUGCAAGCCGUGGUCCCCAAGAACCAGGCCCAUUCCUUCAUCACUCAGGGAUCCCCCGACGUCCUGGUCACCGUGAGUGCCAACGGCUUGCUGGGGACCCACAACUGGCUGCCCUACGACAAAAACAUCUCCAACUACUUCAGCUUCACCAAAGACCCCACCGUCUCCAACGCCAAGACCCAGCGCUUCCUGCAGGGCCCCUUCGCCCCCGGUGCAGACCUGUCCUCCCGCACGUUGGCCGUGUCACCCGACGGCAAGCUGCUCUUCAGUGGGGGCCACUGGGACAACAGCCUCCGCGUCACAGCGUUGGCCAAGGGAAAGGUGGUCGGCCACAUCACCCGGCACAUAGACAUCGUCACCUGCCUGGCGCUCGACCUGUGCGGUAUCUACCUCAUUUCUGGCUCCCGCGACACCACCUGCAUGGUGUGGCAGGUCCUGCAGCAGGGUGGCUUUUCCAGUGGCCUGGCCCCCAAACCCAUCCAGGUCCUCUACGGCCACGACGACGAGGUGACGUGCGUCGCCAUCAGCACCGAGCUGGACAUGGCCGUGUCGGGCUCCAAGGACGGCACCAUCAUCAUCCACACUGUGCGCCGGGGCCUCUUCAUGAAGUCACUGCGGCCACCCAGCGAGACCUCACUGCCCACCACCGUCUCCAGCCUUGCCGUGGGGCUGGAAGGCCAGAUCGUCGCCCAGACUGCCGUGGGUGAGCGGUCCUCCCUGAAGGAUAAGUUUGCCCUGCACCUCUACUCAGUCAAUGGGAAGCACCUCUCCUCCGUCCCAUUGGACGAGCAGGUGACGGCCAUGUGCAUCACGGAGGACUUUGUGGUGCUGGGGACCAUGCAGUGCGGGCUGGAGAUCCGUGACCUGCAGAGCCUCCAGGCGGCAGUGCCAACUGUGCCCAUGCGGGUGCCCGUCCACAGCGUGUCCGUCACCAAGGAGAAGAGCCACAUCCUGGUGGGGCUGGAGGACGGCAAGCUCAUCGUGGUGGGGGCAGGACAGCCCACAGAGGUGAGGACGGGCCAGUUCCCGCGCCGCCUGUGGCGCUCGGCGCGGCGCAUCUCCCAGGUGUCGGCCGGCGAGACGGAGUACAACGCCGCCGAGGGCAGGUCGUAGCCCGGCGGG